AUACAAGUAAAACGCAUGCGCAGUUACAUAUCGUUAUUCCAAGAUGGCAGCCUCCAUGCGACUCUGUAGACGUCUGUUUUUACACAGAAGACCAUCGUCGUUUUGUGGUUUUAGAUGGGGAAGGUUCUACUCACAAGCUGUAAAUCUUGAAGAGUCUGGUGUUGUAGUUGGUGUUUAUGAGGACGAGGCUAAUAAUGGAGUGAGUUUUACACCAGAAGCAUCAAAGGUCAAUGAACAAAGUCAAGGUCAAUUAAGAGAAAACAUAACCAGGUACUGUCAAAAUUUGAAGAAGGGAAAAAGCAGAGUAUUCUACGGGUUAAAUGAGGAAUUCAGUAAAGUUGCUGUGGUGGGCCUCGGAAAGAAGUCCGCUGGGGUAAAUGACCUGGAAGAGAUAGAUGAAGGAAGGGAGAAUGUCCGAGUUGCCAUGGCAGCAGGUGUUAGAUUAUUACGAGAUGUUGGCUGUAAAACGGUAGCAGUGGAUCCAUGCAGCGAUGCUGAAGCUGCUGCUGAAGGAUCUGUAUUGUCAAUAUUUGAGUAUGAUGAACUGAAAGCAGAAUCAAGUAGGAAACCUAAAGUCAAUCUAUCACUCCUCAACAGAGAUAACAGCUCAGAGCUUCACAGUGCCUGGAAGAGAGGAGAGACUAUGGCCAAUGCUCAAAACUUUGCUAGGACCUUGAUGGAGAUGCCAGCGAAUAAACUCACUCCAACAUCAUUUUCAGAGAUCGCUCACAACAAGAGACAGCGCACAGACCUACCUAUCACCAUCCAGGCACACUCCAGGAAAUGGGCCUCAGAUAAGAAGAUGGGUGCUUUCUUGAGUGUAGCUAAAGGAUCUGAUGAACCACCAAUCUUCAUGGAUGUAAGGUACAAUGGUGCAUCUAAGAAUGUGGAUCCUCUUGUAUUGAUUGGUAAAGGAGUCACCUUUGACAGUGGAGGAAUAUCCAUCAAGCCUGCAGCAGGAAUGGAUCUAAUGAGGGGCGACAUGGGAGGAGCUGCUAACGUCCUGGCGGCCAUGUUUGCUAUGGCUAACCUUGAGCUACCGGUCAAUGUGGUUGGAUUAAUACCACUGUGUGAGAACAUGGUCAAUGGGUCAGCAGUUAAACCGGGUGAUGUGGUCACAGCUAUGAAUGGCAAAACAAUACAGGUAGACAACACUGAUGCUGAAGGUAGAUUACUAUUAGCUGAUGCAUUGUGUUAUGCAACCUCUAAUCUCAAACCUACUAUGGUCUUAGAUUUAGCUACUCUUACUGGUGCUAUUGAUGUAGCUUUAGGCUCAGCUGCUACUGGAGUUUUUACUAAUUCACAACAUGUAUGGGAUAUGCUUCGACAGGCUAGUGUUUCGACAGGAGAUCGUAUGUGGAGGAUGCCAUUGUUCAAGCAUUACACCAAACAGGUUACAGAGGCUCACUUAGCUGAUGUUAGCAAUAUAGGAAAAUAUAGCAGAUCUGGUGGGAGUUGUACAGCAGCAGCAUUCCUUAGAGAGUUUAUAACUGAUGAUAUUAAAUGGGCUCAUCUUGAUAUAGCUGGAGUGAUGCAGAACAAAGAUGAGAUUCCUUACCUUGGAAAAGGAAUGUCAGGGCGACCAGUCAGGACUCUUAUAGAUUUUGUAUCGCGAUUCAAGUCAGUAUGAUCAGAUAGACCAAGGAAUUCGGAAAUAAAAUUGCAUAAGAACUACAAGGAAAGUACUUUUUGAUGUGGAAACAUUCAAUUUGUUACCAACUGAAAUUCACCUAUUCCUUCCAGAAAGCUUGAUGUGCUACUGAAGAUAAAGAAAGGAGUCAGAAUGACUUGAUGUGAAGCUCUGUCAUCUGAUAUGCACCAAAUUGUUUGAAAUCUAAUUAAUAUGUAAUGGUUAGUUUUGACCUACCCAGAAAAAUUUACUCUAAAAUUUUUCCACAAUGCUUUGUGCAAUCAAAUUUUUCAAAGAGAACUUGUAUAUGUGUUAUAUAUGUACCUGUAUGAUCAGUAUUUGGGGUCCAAAUGGGUAAGCUUUAUUCUUGUCUUGAUAAGCAAACAACUGUCUUCUGAUUAGCUAAAAGCAAGAAACAGUUCUAAACAACUUUUCUAAUUUUAUUUAAAAAUGGGGGGGGGUGGGGGGGGGGUGUCACAGGGUUUUAAGUGUGAUAUAGAGUUGAACCUUAAUUCCAGUUGCACAUGGUAUACAACGCAUCACCACAUUGGUCACAUCAUUUUAAAAAGAUUUGUACUACUGCACAUUGUGCGUCAACAUUUACGCAUUAAUUUAAGUCUCACUUAAAGCUAUAUGAAUCACCCUCUUGGAAUUGCUUUAAUGGUGAUAAACCAUGAAAAGGAAUAGAGAAAAAAACACCUUUAUGUAGAAAAAUGUUAGUCCUUGGUGAUAUGUGUAUCGUAUUUUCUGAAACAUGGUUUGGAAAUCUAAAUCGUACAAGUCUACCAAUCUCGGGUUAAAAUUUUCAUUUCACAUAUCUGGGCAUUUGUUUGAUAAAAAAACCUCCGUGUUGUUGAGAUAAGAAUGAAAAACAGAAAAAGUAUUUAUCAUAUUCAGCAUCUCAUGGGAUAAUAAGUAUAUUAUUCUUGAGAAGAAUAAAUGCUUUUUCUCUUUACAGGUUUUUGAAAUUU